AUCUGGUGCAGUGCACGAACGAACCGAACGUGUCCAUACCACAGCUGGCCAACCUGCUGAUCGAACGCACGCAGAACACAUCGUGGGUCAUCGUGUUCAAGGGCCUCAUCACCAUACACCAUCUCAUGUGCUACGGAAAUGAGGUGCGUGCGCGUUAUUUGUUUUGGCUUGCUGCAGGUUAUGACAUGUCUACCUACAUACGUCGCUACUCCAAGUACCUGAACGAGAAGGCAUACUCAUACAGGACAAUGGCCUUUGACUUCUGCAAGGUCAAACGAGGGAAGGAGGACGGGAUGCUUAGGACAAUGGGUACCGACAAGCUGCUGAAGACGCUGCCAGUGCUACAGAACCAAGUGGACGCUCUUCUCGACUUCGAAUGUUCGGCGAACGAACUGACGAACGGAGUGAUCAACUCCUGCUUCGUUCUGCUGUUCAAAGAUCUGAUCCGGCUGUUCGCUUGUUACAACGACGGCAUCAUCAACCUGUUAGGUGGGAAUGUGGGAAUUGAUAAGGGAGAAAUACCAGACCUAGCCAAGGCACCUAGCAGUCUGGUGGAGGCGCUGGAACAACAUCUCGGCGCUCCUGAAGGCAAGAAGGCAACGUCCGGCAUCGCCUCACCUCCAAACAAGCAGUCGGCGCAGAUGACGUCCGUCAUCAACACGAUGAGCACGACGGGAAGCGCGUUCGGCGCCGCGUCACAAGGGGGCGCCGCCGAGCUGACGGAACUCGACACGAAGAAGAUACUGGAGGAAGAGGAGAAACGCAUGGAGGAGCUGAGGAAGAUGCAUGAGGCACACCGACCUCACGGGUCCUCGUCCGUACCCGGGGCGAUGGUGGCGCCACCUAGCAACCCGUUCGCCGUCGAGAUGCCGCCUGGAGGAGCGAAGACCGCCGAAUCGGACCUCUUCGCGCUCGGUGCUCCCUCUGGUGGCAGCAUGGGGCUGAACGGCAGGCCGAGCGAUGACCUCAUGGGAAUUGCGCGCAAUCCGUUCUCGGACACGAUCUUGGCGGACGCCCACGCCCCGCCCGUCGCUGCCGUGCAGUCGAUGCCUGCAUUCCAGUCUAGUGGUGGUGGCGGCGGCGGUGGAGCGUGGGGGCAGCAGCAGCAGCAGCAGAACGGUUUCCAGCAGCAAGGCUCGGCGCAGUUCGCGCAGUUUGAUUCCGUUUUCGGCCACCAGGAGGCGCAGCAGAUGACGACGACGAGCAGCCAAUCAGGACAAUUCGAUGCGUUCGGCGAACUCCUGCAGCCGAUGCGCAGCACGGGGGCGCCACUGCAGCAGCCGACCGCCGCCGCCAUGUCCGCACAGCAGCAGCAGCAGCAGCAGCAGCAGCAGCUCCACCGGGGGGCGCCACCUCCCAGCAUACUGAAGGCCGACGUGAACCAGAGCCUCGCGCAGCUUGCCGAGAGCCUCACCAUCAACGGACCCGCCGUCAAGCAGGGACAUCAGUGGAAGCCGUCAGCUAAUCAGGGAGCGAGGACCGGCGGAAUGAACUGGCAGCCCGCGGUGGCAGCGUCAACGACCGCGGCGCCACCUAUGGCUGGUCCGGGAUGGGGCGCGUCGCCCCAGCAUCAGACCUACCAGCAGCCCGGCAUGGCCUACAACCCGUUCGGG